AUGGAGAUCGUUGUAUCUGCAGUUGCAGGUGAUCUAGUUAAUCGAUUCAUGUCCUUCUUGAUCAACAAGUACCAAAAUGAAGAGAACUUAGAGGAGAAGAUGGAAAGGCUGCAAGAUCUCCUGAUUAGAGUUCAUAUGGUCGUCGAAGAGGCCGAGGCGCGAUACAUCACCAGCUCAAAUAUGCUACUUCAGCUCAAGAAGCUUGUGGAGGUCUUGUACCGAGGAUACCAUGUCAUGGAUACCAUCAAGUAUAGGAAUCUUCACAGCUCAAGGACUGAAAAGGAGGUUUGCUUCUUCAACGAUUUGUCCUUAACCACUUCUGUAAGUCGAUAUAGUUGCAAGAAGAGCCGUUCCAUUAGUCAUGGUCUUCAGAGUACUUUGGAUAAUUUAGAAUCCAUUGUUUCUAAUAUGAAAGAGUUUGUAUUACUUCUUGGGGGAUGUGAACGCAUGUUCCAUGGCCCCUAUGACACAUAUCUUUACAUCGAUAACUUCAUGUUUGGUCGUCAUGUAGAAAAGCAGCAGAUCAUCAACAUCUUACUGCAAGAUAAUCUUCCGCCAUUCAGUCCAACUGUGCUCCCAGUGAUAGGUGGUAGGAGAGUCGGUAAGAAAACUCUAAUUGCGCAUGUGUGCAACAACGAGAAAGUCAGGUCACACUUCUCUUCUAUCUUGUACUUGAAUGGUGAAAACAUUGGAAGAAUGGAGCAUGAACCUUUCAUGACUGGGAGGUCCUUGGUUGUGGUUGAGUUUACUACAGAUGUCGAUGAUGAGAGUUGGCUGAAAUUUUAUUCGUCAGCAAAACAGAUGGGAAGAGGAAGCAAGAUCGUAAUCAUAAGUAAGAUUGCAAAGAUAUCAAGGUUCGGAACCGUAAAGCCUGUUCGUCUGAAUAGUUUGUCACACGAGGAGUAUAGCUACCUCUUCAAGGUUCUCGCAUUUGGGAGCACAAACCCAGAGGAACACCCUCAAUUAGCAUCAGUAGCAAAAGAUCUAGCAGCAGCACUGGGAGGAUCACUCGUUACAGCUAACGUGUGCGCUGAUAUACUGAGGAAGAAUCAGAAUGUUCACUUCUGGCUCAGCAUAUUGAAAAGGUACCGGAAUGUGGUGGAGAACAACUUUUCAGUGUUUGGCGAGCAUCCAAAAAAUCUUAUGGACAAAGAUCAUCCUGUGGUUAUAACUAGAUUUGUGUCAUUGUCGUCUUCGUCACAAUCAUCUACUACAGUUCGUCUCAUGCCUCCUCAUAGCAAAAUCGACGAUUCCAAAAGGGAGUUGCCCAAGGUGGUGUUUGAAGAUCUGAUUGCUGGGUCAGCUGUUCAACUGGAGGAGGAGUUUGAGUUAGUCGCGUGGGAAUCUCGGAUACCCCCUUACAAAAGGUUUGUUAACCUUGCUACAUACUGUGACGAGGAAAAGAUCUCUCAGCAUCAUACAGAAUCACCUAGCAAGAAGCGCCAACGGUUAGAUAAGUAA